AUGUCUUCCUGUCGACGUGUUCUCGUUAUUUUUUUAUCAGGUCUUCUUGGAAGGGCCUUAAUGAAAGUGUUCUCUAAUGUCCCAGGCUGGGAGGUCCUUGGUCUUGCACACAGCCGUGUUUCAGGAACCCUAAAAAAGGUUGACUUGCUAAAUUUUGAAGAAACUAAGAAGAUAGUCGAGGAGUUUAAACCUCAYGUUUUGAUUCACUUUUUUUUUGAACGYAGGCCAGACGUMGUCUCCAACAAUCCCGAUGGUGCCGAAAAACUCAACGUUGGAACAACUGAGUUCUUAGCUAAUCUUGUUGAGAGUUUUAACAAAGGUCUUGAAAUUUUUUUCCAUUCUAUGUUGUACAUUAGCACCGAUUACGUCUUUGACGGGACAAAGCCACCUUACGAACCUGACGACCCUCCCCACCCCCUGAAUAAAUAUGGAGAAAGUAAGUUAGCUGUUUUUUUAGCUGUCAUGCGUUGUCAAAAAAGCUGUUUGAUACUACGUGUUCCAGUCUUAUAUGGAGAAGUGGAAUAUCUUGGUGAAAGUGCUGUUUCAGUUUUGCUGACUGCUAUACAAGAUACAAAGAAAAAAACAACUGUUGAUGACUACCAACUGAGAUUCCCAACUCUUGUUGACGAUGUUGCAAAUGUAGUACUUUUUAUGGCAAAGAGAAAGAGUGAACUGGAGACUUUCUCUGGCAUCUUUCAUUGGAGCAAUGAUGAACAGAUGACCAAGUAUAUGAUGGCAAGUAAAUUUUUUUAGAUAUUUGGACURGGAAUUGAGCAUCUGGUACCUGACAAGACCUCCUCGACUACUACAACAAGGCCGUAUAAUUCCCAGUUACAUUGUGGAAAACUUGAAGAUUUGAUGGCUUUUUUUUUGUCACAGUACAGAACAAGUUUUGCUAUUGGAGUAACAAAGUAUUUGAAAAAGUUUUUUUAGAACUUAAAAUUAGCAACAGGCAGUGAAACACUGUUCGUUAUACUGCACUUGUUUUUUUGGAAACCAAUCAAAAUAAGGCCUGCUACUAAGUAGUUAGUCUGCUGUUCUUGAAACAUUUUUUUAUUGAUUUUUACAUUUCUAUCAAAUACAUAUACAUCACUUGAGUCCAAGUUUUUUUAAUGUGUCUUACCUAUAGAAAACUAUAUCUAGAUAUCUUUAGAGUUCA